UCAGACAGACACAGAGGAAGGUGGCCCUGCUGCACAUCUUCGUGUAGGAACUACCCGGGAGAUUGCUUCAGAGAAUAGCGGCGAGUGCAGGGGGUUCUCUGAAAAAACGUUCUAUUCCACGAAAGCUUGGACAGAGGACACUGACGUAUGGCGGUGUGGGACCUGUCAGUCAUAGUGGAGGACCUGGGGGUAGAUGCCCCGCCCCUCACCAUCGGUGUGACGUCUGACCUCCACAUAGGAGGGGUCAUUCUCAAACUGGUGGAGAAGACACAGAUCAAGCGGGACUGGUCGGAUCAUGCACUGUGGUGGGAGCAGAAACAGCAGUGGCUGUUGCGGACAGCAUGGACUCUGGAGAAGUGCGGCAUCCACGCCGAUGCCCGGCUGGUCUUCAUGCCCCAGCACAAGCCCCUGAGGCUGGGCCUGCCCAACGGCAUCACCCUGAGGCUCCGCGCCUCCUUCUCCAGCCCCGUCUUUCACACUGUGCUGGAAAUCUGCAAAAUGCUCAACAUCCGUCACCCCGAGGAGCUCUCCCUUCUUCGGCCCUUGGAGGAGAAGAAGAAGAAAAAGGAUAAAGACUCAGUGGAGGAGAUAUACGACCUGACCGAGGUGCCCCUCACCUCAGUGUCCCAGCCCUGCUUGUAUAACGGCAUGCCAGCUCACUUUGCUGACUCUCCCAAGACGGAGGCCGUCUACAAGAUGCUGUCAGUCACCCUGCAACCUCCCGCCCCCGAGGCCAUAGCCAAGUUGUACCGCCCUGCCAGUGUAGUGGACAAGGCCCACAUCAACAGCAGAUGGUUGGACUCGUCUCGCUCUCUCAUGCAGCAGGGCAUCCGAGACAAUGACAGGCUGUGGCUGCGUUUCAAAUACUUUGCCUUUCAUGAUAUGGAACCCAAGUACGAUGCGGUGCGUCUGACCCAGCUGUAUGAGCAGGCCCGCUGGUCCAUCCUGCUGGAGGACAUUGACUGCACCGAGGAGGAGAUGAUGCUGUUUGGAGCUCUACAGUACCACAUCAGCAAAGUGUCCCAGUCAGAGCCCCAGAUGCUGACCUCGAGCGCGGCCAUGGACGACCUGGAAUCAGCCCUGCAGUGCCUCGAGGUCAAGAUGGAGGGAGAGAGCAGCUCUGCCUCUGAGAUGCUGGAAAACAUGACUGCGCCAGUGCUCAAUGACUAUCUGAAGAUAUUCAGGCCGAAGAGGUUGACUCUGAAGGGAUACAAGCAGUACUGGUUCAAGUUCCAGGAUACCUCCAUCUCUUAUUUCAAGAGCAAGGAGGAGAGUAUCGGAGAGCCUAUUCAACAGAUUAACCUCAAAGGGUGCGAGGUGGCUCCGGACGUCAACGUGGCAGCACAGAAGUUCCUUAUCAGGCUCCUUAUUCCAGCUCCCGAGGGCAUGAAUGAAGUCUACCUGCGCUGUGAGAAUGAACAACAGUAUGCCCAGUGGAUGGCUGCGUGUCGGCUGGCCUCUAAAGGGAAGACUCUGGCGGACAGCAGCUUCCAGAGUGAGAUCGAAAGCAUCCGCACCUUCCUGGCCAUGCAGAAGACCAACUCCGGUUCCCAGGGCAACGCACCCACCGACGACAGCAUCAACACCCACAGCCUGGUGUCGCCACGCUAUCACAAGAAGUACAAGGCUAAACAGCUGACCCCUCGGAUACUGGAGGCCUACCAGAACGUGGCUCAGCUCUCACUGACCGACGCCCUGAUGCGCUUCCUGCAGAUCUGGCAGGCCCUGCCCGACUUUGGCAUCUCAUACGUCGUCGUCAGGUUCAAGGGCAGCCGUAAGGACGAGGUGCUGGGCAUCGCCCCCAACCGCCUGAUACGCAUCGACCUCGGGGUGGGCGACGUGGUCAAGACCUGGCGCUACAACAACAUGAGGCAGUGGAACGUCAACUGGGACAUCCGACAGGUGGCCAUUGAGUUUGACGGGAACGUGAACAUCGCCUUCAGCUGUGUGACUGCUGACUGCAAAAUCGUCCACGAGUUUAUCGGAGGCUACAUUUUCAUGUCGACGCGCAGCCGCGAGAAGGGCAACACGCUCAACGAGGAGCUCUUCCACAAGCUGACUGGGGGCCAUGAGGCCCUCUGAGACUAAGAUCUAGACGCACAAAUGAAAGGUCUGACUCCUGCGGCCCUCGCGGCACACAUCAGAUCCUCUCCUGUGUGUCUAAACAGUUGGAAGCCCCAUGGAGCAGGACUUCCCCGUUUAGACAGCCAUGAAAAGAUCAAACCGGUACUACAAAGGACACACAUCAGAUAGUUCCUGUGGAAGUGUAUCACAGCCCCCAAAAAGUCAAUCCAUUCUUCUAUGCUCACAUCCUUUGAUGUUUUCAGAUUUCAAGUAAACUCUUCACUUCUCAUCCAAGCUUUCUUCCAUGCAUGGACACAGUUAUUUAUAAGCUGCGCCAAUGGAUGGAGGAGUAAAUUGGCUCUGGUGGUUCUCAUAAUUACUUUCCUGUCUAGUAAGGACAGAGUGCUGCCAGAUGAAGAUGAGCACAUUGAUGUCAACGUACAAUCAGGAGUUGGGUCAACCAGUGGCACGUUUCCUUCUUCACCUCUGGGGCUGUAAUCAGUGUUGGUCAGAAUGCAAAGCUGUAGUCAUAUCACUGUAAGACGCUCACAUACAUCGUUGCAAGGCAUUUAGUCAGAAAUGAAUGGCUGAUUUCAAUAGUCAUGUUUGUCUAGUGCCAUAAGUAUACACCAAUACAUGCAGAAAUAAAUUUUGGUUUAUAAGGUAGACUCAUGAAUAAAUGUUUAUUAAAAUAAAUAGAGCACUGCAGUUUUCAUUCCAUGUUAAGAUAUUCAUUCAAGGAAUCAUAAUUUGAUUCCUAUUUGCAAUUAAUUUGCAGCACUGUGUCCUUAUGGCAAUGGCAUAUGGUGGCAACAUGUGUCUGUUUCCUACACAGGAAGCCUCAAAUCAGUUAUCUCCCCCUGGCAUGCUGUGUGUGUUUGUGUGUAUGCGUUCAUAUCUUAGAGAAACAGUUAAGACAGUCCGUUAAGUAAAACCACAGUCUGUGCCUGUUUCCCAUCCAGCAGCAUCUUCUGCUUUCCUCUACAUAGUCAUGUGACAAUGGAAACAUCUGCCUUUAAAUGUUCCUGUCCUUU